UAUAAAAAGUUAAAUAAAUAAAAAGAAAAAUCCGAUACAACCGUACGUAUAUUCUCCUCUUUGGGUGAAGAAAUUUUGAAGUGCGGAAGGUAAUCCAGCCCAACAAGUUCGAGUUCGAUGGAUGUCUGAUGCAACCAACGAGUUCGAGUUCGAGUUCGAGUUCGAGUGUAUGGUAUCGCUGUUGGCAGACAGGCAUCGCAAUGGGCAAACCAACAAAAUUGAAUUGUUGAAAAUAAAGCAGCAGCUGUUCCUGUUCUGGCAGCAGCGGCAGUGAAUGGGCAGUUCGUCGGCCGCGCCAUGGAAGCAUCUCCUUCUCACCUCAAUCCAAGCCAAUUCCCACCUCAGGCAUCACUCAUACGUCCAGCUUGCAACGGUUUCAUCCACCGGAAAACCCUCGAAUCGCACUGUUGUUUUCAGAGGAUUUCAAGAUGACAGCGACAAGAUCCUAAUCAACACCGACACUCGCUCUCGGAAGAUUGAUGAGCUCAAGCAUUGCCCCUUUGCCGAGGUAUGCUGGUAUUUCACUGACUCAUGGGAGCAAUUCCGCAUUAGUGGAACUGUAGACAUCAUAGACGGAACAAAUCCUAAUCCUGCUAAACUUGAGGAACGAGAGAGAUCAUGGUUUGCGAGUUCUCUGAAAUCAAGACUUCAGUAUAUGGCACCAACACCGGGACUCCCUUGUGUGGAUGGGGAAGGGCAAGGGCAACCAUUUGAAAUGGGAUCAUCAUUGGAUCCUCGUGCUGGACCGGUGGCUGCGUUCUGCCUUCUGGUGCUAGAAGCCGAUCAGGUGGACUACCUAAACUUGAAGAGCAAUCAGAGGGUAGUGUUCUCAUCUGCACCUCCUGAUCAUGAGAUGAGCAAGUUUUGGGCAUCGGAAAAAAUCAAUCCCUAACCCAUCUCUCCCUGCCCUUCACCUUCUUCUUGCUCAUUAUUAAGAAGAAGAAAAUCAAUAAUAACAAAAAGGAAAAGAACUAACUGAUAUAUACUACUACUGUCACAGCCACAUCAUAUAUGUUGUUUGUGGGGUGCGGUAGGGUGGGUGGUGGCCACAAGCACAUAGAUUAUUAUUAUUAUUAUUAUUAUUUUUAUUUA